UAAGGACAAAACUCUGGUGUAGAGUUGGUCGAUAAAUCGGGUGUCUCCCUGUCAAUAACAAACCAGGCCUAUAUAAAUAGGACGUGCACAGAGAUAUAGACACAACCAUUGACUUACUAUAGAGCCAGUUAUCUUUACUGUAAUUCAAGUUGUAAAGUUCAAGCUACAUAACACAAUGAGUGUAAACAACAACAAUAAAGCCGUGGUUAUAGAUUGUGGAUCGGCUGAUGUUAAAGCUGGUCAUGCUAGUGAUAAAACACCUGAAGUUGUCUUCUCUAAUUUAGUCGGCUAUGAUCAAAAUCAUUCUGGUAGUGGCAGUACUGCCUUCUGUGUGGGUGAUGGGGCCAAAGGAAGACGUGGACAAUCUCAAUUUAUUUGCAACAGCCCGGUCGAACAAGGCAUCAUUACACGAUGGGAUGAUAUGGAAAGAGUAUGGAAUGAAAUUUUCUCCAAUCAACUAAAAGUAGAUUCCAAAGAACACCCGGUUAUAAUGACACAAAUCCCCUCAUUACCACAGUUUAACAGAGAAAAAAUUACUGAGCUUAUGUUUGAGAAAUUUCAAGUACCCGGUUUCUAUUUGGGUAUACAAUCUGUCCUAGCUUUGUAUUCCGCCGGUCUGAAGAAUGGUAUCGUUUAUGAUUCUGGUGACGGUGUAACGUAUAUUGUUCCGGUUAAAGAUGGCUAUGCUAUUCAAGGCGCCAUCGAACGUUUAAAUGUAGCAGGCAGUGAUCUGACGUCAUAUCUUCAAGGCCUUCUUCUUGGUAAAGGUACUCGAUUGUUCUCGGCAGGUGAUCGAGAUAUUGCAAAGGACAUCAAAGAAAAGUUGUGUUAUAUUGCUAGUGACUAUGACCAGGAACUGAAAUCCGGCAAAAAAGAAACGUACCAGAUGCCAGACGGUACCAUAUUAGAUCUUGGCGAAGAGUUGUUCCAGUGUCCUGAAAUACUAUUUACACCAUCCAAGAAAGAUCCAAACACUGAUGGAAUUCAUACAAGAAUUAACGGGGUCAUUCAAAGAUGUGACAGUAACCUUAGAUCUGGGCUUUAUAAUAAUAUAGUUUUAUCUGGUGGAUCAACAAUGUUUAAAGGUUUUGGAAGUCGACUAAAUAAAGAAAUGUCUGUAUUGGCUGGGAAGAGGAUAGAAGUCACAGAACAAGCGAAUCGAAAAUAUGCCUCCUGGAUAGGCGGUUCCAUUCUUGGAAGCUUGCCGGAAUUUUCUUCUUAUUAUAUCACGCGGGCUGAUUAUGAAGAAACAGGUGCUAAAAUUGUCCACACAAAAUGUGCCUAAAUAUACUUUCAAAAGGGACAUUACGUAGUUGAUUUCUAUUGACAUGCUCUUUAUACUAUUCUCAUUACCUAAUGUUAAAAGUAAAAAGUUUAAUGAAGUUAUAAUUUCCCAGUUGAAAAUAGACAACUUUAAUUUAUUUUGGGUGGUCUGCAAUAAAUAUGAGAUAAUAAUUUAUUAAAAGAGAAGUUCCAGAUUCCACUGGGUCUCCGAAAGAAAAUUUGGUUUAGAUACCAAUGAAACGCGAAGGGGGAGAAAUUCAUAUCUGACUUGCGCUUCAAUAUUUGAGAUGAAACAUUUAAUUGGGACCAAUUAUUUAAAUACACAGCUUAAUGGUCUAAUGAACACCAUUAUCAAUUUACAUACGAAGAACAGAAUUACAUGUAUGUUAACGAAAUAAUUUGUUUAAUGUGAUAAUAUUGUUACUGUAAGAUAGCUGAAUAUAAUAAUCUAAAUAUCUUGUAUUGUACAGUUUGUUUAUAUUUGAAUCAUUCUAUGUAUAUAAAAAACAUAUUUUUAUGUUUUAAUAUUGUGAUCAGCCAUAUUGUACGUAUUUUUAAUUGUUGUUUUGUUAAAAUUUAGCUUUUCAAUAAAAGACAUAUUAAACGAAA